AUGGAUUUUGGUCAUCCAGCUUCUUCCUCUAAGAAUCUUUGCUACGUUCGCUGCAACUUUUGCAACACUAUUUUAGCUGUUGGAAUCCCAUGCAAAAGUUUGGUGGAUACGGUGAGUGUGAAAUGUGGUCAAUGCAGUAACUUAUCCUUUCUAACUACCACUACUAGACCUCAUCCACUACUACUCCAGCAACCUCAAUUAAUGGUAGAUCGCCAUUACCCACUUCCACUGCCACUGCCACUGCCACUGCCCUCUCAGGGAUUCUCCAGCGAUCAAAGAAAGGGGCAAUCAACCCAAACUCUCACCUCCUCAUCCACAUCCACUGAGCAGCUUUCUCCUAAGGCACCAUUUGUGGUCAAACCUCCUGAGAAGAAACACAGACUUCCAUCUGCUUAUAACCAGUUCAUGAAGGAGGAGAUACAACGCAUCAAAGUGGCUAACCCUGAGAUACCACACCGUGAAGCUUUCAGCACUGCAGCUAAAAAUUGGGCUAGAUAUGUUCCAACUACUGGAUCAACACCAGAGAAUAAUAAUAAGAAUGUAAGUGCCAUUGAUUUUGUUGUGGAGCUUUCUCCGUAUAUUUUUAUUAUCAUUGAUUUUAUUGCGAAGCUCUCUCCAUAUGAAGGAAGAACUGCUGCCCAUAUCAUGGAACGCAUUAGUGCUGCAAAAGGAAUUGGAGAUCACUUUCAGCACACAAGUUAG